UUUAGUUUGUAUGCAGACUGAACUUGUCACAGUUGCUAUGACUAGUUGCUGCGUGUGAAGACCGGCAAUUUUAUUGCGUGACCAUUCCUUAAGAUAAAGUUAAGGCUUUCUAGAAAAAAUAAUUAUCUCGAAAAAAUCUAGACAGUGAGAAGGAUCAAAAAAAAAAAAACUUAAAAAGUCCCCAGCAUUGGUUACUGUUACUACUAAAACUAAUUUGAACGACACUCGAUUGUUUCAUAACAACCCUCCCACGGGUUUAAUUUUUUUAUUGAUAUUACUUGUUUAAAUUACACUCUUAUUCCACAGAAAGUUUACAAUGUUUGUGACAGAAAGUUAAAAAUAUUCGGAAACACUAGACAACAGUCACUGAGUAACGAGUAACUCGGGCGCUGGUAACAUAACGUCCGAGACUGAAGUACUAAUAUUAGUUAGAAGUGAUGUCCCACUAAACUACUACCUAACAAGAUAGGACACACAUGGAAUGGAAGUGGACCCCAGUCAAGUAGGAUCUAACAACUUAGCAACAAAUGAAAGGAACUACGUGUUAGUAAAUUAGUGUCUAAUAAGCCUAGUCACACAUGAGAAGAAAAUAACUAGGUGUCAGUAAACUAGUACCUAACAAGCGCAGUCACACACAUGAAGCAAGCAAGGAAGUAGGUGCCAGUAAGCUACGGGUUAACAAGCUGGAACACACCAAACUAAGUACAACAAAACCAGCUGAAGGACAUAAUGACCUUGCCAGGAGACAGUGACGAGAGUACACCUCUCUUGAGGAACCCUAGAGUACAUAAUGACGCAAGUUGGCGCUGGAACCCUCAAUAUACGGUCGCCGUACUGGGUUGCAUGGGCUUGCUGGUUGAGUACUGCCAACGUGUCAACCUCUCCGUUGCCAUCGUGGUCAUGGCUGGCACAGCUGCCGAGAACACCAGUUAUGCGUGUCCGGGCCACAACGACUCUCUCUUACCGGUCCACAAAGGCGAGUUUGAAUGGGACAAGCAGACUGAGGGGGUGGUGCUGGGUGCCUUCUUCUGGGGCUACGCCACCACUAAUAUCAUCGGGGGACGCAUUAGUGAGUACCUCGGAGGAAAGAAGAUUUUCGGAAUGGGCAUCAUCACCUCUUUUCUGUCGUUAAUCUCUCCCCUCUGCGCCCGCGCCUCCGUCGGGCUCUUCAUUGCUUGCAGGAUCCUGCUGGGGGUAGUGCAGGGGGUGACCUUCCCUGCCGUCAACACCAUGUUGGCUACCUGGGUCGUCCCUGCUGAGAGGAGCAAAUUUAGCACCAUCGUUUUCUCAGGCUUCCAGCUUGGCACUGUGGUUGGCAUGACGAGCAGCGGGUGGCUGGCAUCAUCACACUUCCUGGAGGGAUGGCCUUCCACCUUCUAUGUAUUCGGGGUGGCAGGUUUGGUGUGGGGGCUGGUGUGGUGUGCCAUUGUGUACGACCGUCCAGAAGAUCACCCAAAAAUCUCCAUUGCCUACCUCAGGAUACUCCGCCAACACCAAGAUUCCCUGAAAAGAGCAGAGAUAGUGGCGGUUCCUUGGAGAGCCAUCGUGACAUCACUUCCGUUCUGGGCACUGGUAGCAGCUAGCCUGGGCACUGACUUCAGCUUCUACACUCUGCUGACAGAGAUGCCCUCCUACCUGAAUGACGUCCAUCACUUUGACCUCAUCAGCAACGGUUUGGUGUCAGCGUUGCCUUACUUGUUGAUGUGGGCGUGGAGUAUGUUGUGGGCGUUGAUGAUGGACGCUCUCACCCACGUUAACUGGCUCUCUAUCCUCACCGUCAGGAGACUCUCCAUGGCUACUGCGAUGUACGGACCAAUGUUGGGUCUAGUGGCCAUGGUGUUUGCGGUGUGCCAGGCUAUGAUUGCUGCAUUGGUGCUGCUGUGUGUCUCCUGCAUGCUCAUGGGUGCUGUCAACAGCGGCCUUAUGUGUUCCCAUCAGGACUUGGCACCCAACCUGGCCGGCACCCUGCUGGGCAUCACCAAUACUAUUGGGGCAUUAGCAGGCAUUGCCAGUCCCGCCAUCACCGGCUAUAUUCUUCACCAUGACGCGACGCUGUGGGGGUGGAGGCUGGUGUUCAUUAUCAUUGGUGGCCUCUACCUGUUGACCUGUUCACUCUACCUUAUCAUGAUCUCAGCUGACCUCCAGCCCUGGAAUGACCCUAAAAUCCAAGAACUGUGCGAAGGCGAGGAUGUAGCAGAAUAUGGUCCCGUCACAGCCCAUCACAUGCCGGCUGACCAAGCACACUGAUAUAACAGUCAUGUUACUAUACACCACCUGAUCUAUAUGUUGAACCACGUUUGGCUCUUUUGCACUAAGAAAUCGAACAUUAAAUUAGGAUUAAUUAUUCCAUUUAAGAAUUGAUCAUUGACAUCAUUCAUUAUUUAUCAUUACGCUAGUAUUUCUCAAUCUUUUUCCUCACGACCCAUACAUACCCUCUCCACUCGAACCUUGAGUUGCUCUUACAAACUAAGGCUGACAUGAACUUUAAAUAAAAAUAAGAGGCAAGUUAAUUCAAAGAUUUUGAUUCAUUAAAGUCAGGCGUUGCUGUUAUUAAUUUACGAUUUAUAUUUAUUAAAUAUACCACAAAUAAAAUUUAAAAAUCAAUUUGAAAUUUUUGUUCAUACAUUGUAAGUUUGCAACAUUGUUAGAAGUAUCUGGUACUCUGAUGAACACUGAUUCA